AUGCCAGGGGAAACUUACAUCCGACUUCUUCAACUGACCGUCCUUCCUCUUAUUGCUUCAAAUCUCAUUGUUGUCAUUGCGUCGUUGGAUCCGAAGGAGCAUGGGCUUGCCAGUCUUCUGACAGUGGCAUACAUAAUCUUCUUUAAUUUUGCCGGGGCUGCAAUAGGCACCACCAUGGCUACCUUAAUAAAGCCAGGCGUUGGUGUUAACAUGACAACAUCAACGGACGUCCGGGAUCCGGGACUGACUCCUACAACGUCAGAUGUUUUUGCUGAUCUUCUUCUGUGCACACCAGUCGGAGUUGCCUUUAUGAUCGCUUCCGCCAUACUGAAUGUCGACGACAUUAAGGGAGCGUUUGCAGGCUUGGGAAUGUUUGUUCUUACAGUGACGGUGGGUAUCAGUGUCCUGUUCAUCCUGUGCAUAACCGUGUAUGCGGCACUCGCUCUUCGAAAUCCCUUUGGCUUUCUACGCUACAUCCUAAAAGCCUGGUUCAUCAGCUUCGCAACCACCAGCCCGUAA